AUGCCGUACGAGGUCUUGGUUGGCGAGUCUUGUUUCUCGAGCCCCGAGGCUCAGAAGGUGCUCGACCGCAUCAACAACAACGGCAAGGUCAACAUCCGCGGUAUUAGUGGUCGCCGGCUCUACUAUGUCGACCUGAAGACUGUCGACAGCAGUCUUGACAAGAUCAAGCAGCUGCUGCAGGUCGAAGACUCCAGCAAUCCCUACAGCUCGUCUUCCGGCUCGAAUUCUGUCGACGUCUACAUCACUCCCCGCAACAUUUCCCCAUGGAGCUCUCAGGCCACCAACAUCGCGCACGUCUGCGGCCUCAAGGACCAGGUCCGGCGCAUCGAGAGAGGCCGCGUCAUCACGAUUGAGUACGAUGGCGCAGACGUCAACGCUCAGCCCGACCUGUCGUUCCGCGAUAUCAUUUACGACCGCAUGACGGAACACUUUGCUCUCGAGAAGCCCAGCCUUGAUGACAUGUUUGCCGAGCGCGAACGCGCGCCUCUUGUUGUGGUUGACAUCUUUGCCGAGGGCCAGGAUUCGCUGGCGAUCUUGCAAGAGUACAACAAGAAAAUGGGCCUCGGUCUUGACCAGUCCGAGAUGGAGUACCUUGUGGGUGUUUUCACCAAGCUGGGACGCCCUCCACAUGACGUCGAGCUCUUCAUGUUUGCACAGGUCAACUCUGAACACUGCCGCCACAAGGUUUUCAACUCGUCCUGGACCAUUGACGGGGAGAAGAAGGACAAGAGCCUGUUCCAGAUGAUCAAGAACACUCACCAGAAGGCCCCUGAUUUCACCGUGUCUGCCUACAGCGACAAUGCCGCGGUCAUGCAGGGCGAGACUGCCAACUACUGGGCGCCCGACUACUCGACGGGCACGUGGAAGCUUACCCGCGAGGUUGUGCAGAUCCUGGCGAAGGUCGAGACUCACAACCACCCAACGGCUAUCUCGCCAUUCCCUGGUGCCGCUACGGGAUCUGGCGGAGAAAUCCGUGAUGAAGGAGCGGUUGGCCGAGGCUCAUCGCCGAAAGCUGGUCUCUGUGGUUUCUGGGUCUCGGACCUGUUAAUCCCAGGCAGCAAGCAGUCGUGGGAGAGUGAUAUUGGCCGUCCGGGCCACUACGCCAGCAGUCUGGAUAUCAUGCUCGAAGCCCCAAUCGGUUCGGCACGCUUCAACAACGAGUUUGGAAGACCUUGCCUGACGGGCACAUUCCGAACCCUUCUUACCAACACGGGCGACGAGUCUGCGGCUGACUGGCGAGGCUAUCACAAGCCCAUCAUGAUCGCUGGUGGUGUCGGAACUGUCCGUCCUCAGCAUGCUCUCAAGGACCCGUCGAUCGUCGAGGAGUCGGCAGCCGUCAUCGUCCUUGGUGGCCCCGCGAUGCUGAUCGGACUUGGAGGUGGUGCUGCGUCAAGUAAUGAUGCAGGAGAGGCCAGUGCCGACUUGGACUUUGACAGUGUGCAGCGAGGGAACCCGGAGAUGGAGCGCCGAGCCCAGAUGGUUAUCAACACUUGCUGCGCCCUUGGCGACGAGAGCCCGAUUGCCUUCAUCCACGAUGUUGGCGCCGGUGGUCUGUCGAACGCCCUUCCUGAGCUGGUCAAGGAUGCUGGAUUCGGUGGUAGCUUUGAGCUUCGCCAAGUCGAGAGUGCGGACGGCAGCAUGAGCCCGCUCCAGAUCUGGUGCAACGAAGCCCAGGAGCGCUACGUCCUGCUCGUCAACGAGAAGGGCAUGAACCGAUUCACCAAGAUCUGCCAACGCGAACGCUGCGGUUUCUCUCGUGUCGGCACCGUGACGUCUCAUGUCAAUGAUGGUGCCGCCAAACUCGUCCUAACCGACAGAGAUUCUCAGGUCGUCCCUAUUGACCUCCCCAUGGAUGCUCUCUUCCCCCCCGGACGCAAAUUGGAGCGGAAUGUCGAGAGCGUCAAGAAGAAUCUGCUCGCUUUUGACGCCGCUGCAACCCUCGAGAAGAAGUAUGGCGCCAUGGAUGUGUCGCAAGCGAUCACACGUGCGACUGAGAAUGUGUUCCGCCUGCCAGCUGUCGGAUCCAAGAUGUUCCUUAUUUCUAUUGCUGAUAGAACUGUUGGUGGUUUGACCGUCCAGGACCAACUAGUUGGCCCCUGGCAAACACCUGUUGCUGAUGUCGCUGUGACCCUCACGUCGUUCGCGACAGACGAGAAGACAAGACACGGCGAAGCCAUGGCGAUGGGCGAGAAGCCAACUCUUGCCCUUAUCUCUGCCGCCGCCUCGGCUCGUAUGUCGGUUGCCGAGUCACUCCUGAAUCUCGGCGCUGCUGCCAUCAAGGGAUCGCCUGAUCGUCGGGGUGACUUGAGGCGCGUCAAGCUCUCUGCCAACUGGAUGGCCGCCGUCAACCAUCCCGGCGAGAGCGCUGCCUUGUAUGAGGCUGUUGAGGCUAUCGGCAUGGACCUGUGCCCGAAGUUGGGAGUGUCCAUUCCUGUCGGCAAGGACUCGACUUCGAUGAAGGCCUCCUGGAAGGACAAGGCCACUGGUGAGGCCAAGAGUGUCACCGCGCCAGUCUCCGUCGUCAUCUCUGCAUUUGCAGUGGUUGAAGACGUUCGCAGCACAUGGACGCCACAGCUGCGCCGUGGCGAGGAGGUUGGUGAGACCAGCUUGAUGUUUGUUGAUCUUGCCAAGGGCUUCCAGGCUAUGGGCGGUUCUGCUCUUGCACAGUGUUUUGAGCAGCUCGGGAACGAGGCGCCCGAUGUGCGGGACACGGAACUUCUUGUCGACUACUUCGAUGCCUUGUCACAGCUACACGAGGAGGGCAUCGUGCUUGCCUACCACGACCGGUCUGAUGGUGGUCUUCUCACCACAGUCGCGGAGAUGAUGUUCGCGGGCCGCUGCGGAGCUGACAUCUUCAUUGAGCACUUGACCAAGUCAUCUUCCACCAAGGACGUUCUCGAGGCGCUUUUCAACGAGGAGCUCGGUGCUGUCUUCCAGAUCCGCACUGCUGAUGAGAAGCGGUUCACCAGGUGCUUCGCGACGUGCGGCCCCCCUCCUGGUCUGAUCAAGAAGAUUGGCUGGGUUCCCACAACCAACACGCAAAGCCUCAAGAUCAGGCAAUCUGGCAAGACACUGGUCGAGCUUGACCGCGCCCAGAUGCAGCAGUGGUGGUCCAGCACUUCAUACGAGAUGCAGAAGCUCCGGGACAACCCGACUUGUGCCGAGUCUGAGUUCGCCGCCCUGGCCGAUUCCAAGGAUCCUGGUGUCUCGUACAAGCUCACUUUCGACCUGAACGAAACGGGUCUGCCCAUGUUUGCGCAGCUUAAGGGCCUCGUUAACUCGAGGCCAAGAGUGGCCAUCCUCAGGGAGCAGGGUGUCAAUGGCCAUGCUGAGAUGGCAUUUACCUUCCGCGCUGCCGGCUUCGAUUCUGUUGACGUCACCAUGUCGGAUAUCCUUGACGGCUACUCUUUGGCCGGCUUCACUGGUCUGGCUGCCUGCGGCGGCUUCUCGUAUGGUGAUGUGCUUGGUGCCGGCCAGGGCUGGGCCAAGUCGAUUCUCAUGCACGAGAAUGCUCGCAAGACGUUCCAGAACUUCUUUGAGCGGCCCGACACAUUCGCGUUGGGCGUGUGCAACGGCUGUCAAAUGCUCUCCCGUCUCAAGGAGCUGAUUCCCGGUGCUGAGAACUGGCCCACGUUUGUCCAGAACGCUAGCGAGCAGUUCGAGGCCCGCUGGUCCAUGGUCGAGAUCCAGGAUCCCGAGCCGUCCGUCUUCUUCAGUGACAUGAGCGGCUCAGCGUUCCCCAUUACCGUGUCCCACGGCGAGGGUCGGGCCGAGUUCUCGUCAUCGCAGGCCACCAGCCUGCAGAAGCUCAACGAGGAUGGUCUCAUCCCCAUCCGGUACACGGACAACUACGGGCGCGUGACCGAGCAGUACCCCUUCAACCCGAACGGCAGUCCCCAGGGUAUCGCUGGUGUCAAGUCUCGCGAUGGCAGGGUUCUGAUAAUGAUGCCGCACCCUGAGCGCACCAUCAUGGCUGACGUGGCGAGCUACGCUCCCUCGGACAAGAUCGGCCAGUGGGGCCAGUACGGUCCCUGGAUCAAGAUGUUCAGGAACGCGAGGAAAUGGAUUGGUUGA